GGGGCCUCCUGACCUCACUCUUGCCCUUCUCCAAGAUGGCGGACACGGCAGACGGGGGUUUUGCGCAUGCAAGUAAACGGAUUUUUUUAAACUGUUUUUGCAGUAAACGGAUUUUUUGGUGUCAUAUUUAAUUCUCUCUGUGAGGUGACAGGCAACCUGUGAAGUAAGUGCUUUCACCGUCAUUAGGACGGUUCACCUAGCUGCUGGAGACAGUGACGUCACGUCAUGUGCCUAGGUGAUGUUAUUUCUGGACAUCCAGUGGGCUGCGUGGGAAGCAACACACCCACAGUGGGUUAAACUCCGCAGGGCACGGCAGCACCAGCUCAUGCGCUGCACAUUUAAUGUGUCUGUCGGUGUAUGUGCUGGUGCCCGAAGUCUGACAAACCGCACAUCUGAUUAGAAGACGUGAGGUUGUUUCAUUGUCCCACACAAAUCAGUUCCUCAAAGUCUUUCUCUUGGAUGACUUGCGCAGCAGUAUGUGGGUGAGGAUGCCAGAACAGUGCAGCCCUGGGGUCACGGUUUUGGUGUUGCAGAAGAUGUGGAAAGAAAUGUUUGGGUCUGGCAACAGUUCUUUCACCUCUGCGGUUCAGCAGCGGGAUCUGCAACACCCCACACGGUGUGUGCAAGGAGCUGGGGUGUAAACUGGAUUAACGCUGCGCCCACGGUGCUGGGACAGCGGAGUUGGGGUUUCAGUGGAGACCACAGCCCUGUUAGCACCAGCAUGUCCAGCACAGGUGCUGCAUGACUGUCAGGGUGGGUUUGCAUUGAUCGGGGCUCCAUCCAGCCCCAAAACUCACCCAGCGCUACCCCAGCACACAGCAAGAGAGAGGGAAACAUCUCCUCGGUGGUUUUGGAAGCCUCCUUACCUGGAGACACUGAGUAGAUUUCCAUGUAUCUCAGAGAAAUCUAUCCAAGUUUGUGUUGGGCAGCUGCUUCUGCUCCUGCCCAGCUUUCAGUGCUGUUUUUCCCCAUAGCACUUUCCCGAUGUCUCACCCACCUGCAAGACGAAGGCGGCUUUGCAUUUCUGGAUGGGCAAUCAGCACAUCACCGUGUUUGUCAGACUUUUUUACCCCCCUCUUUACUUCUUUGUUGCUCUACUGAGCCCUCAACCAUUUAGGAGGUGGAUUAAGCCACAAGUUGUUACCUGGACUCUGCAUUUUCACCCUUUUGUAAGCAAACUCAAGCCCUGACCUUGUGAAAUCCGGAGAGCAGCUUGGGCUGUGAUUUAUUUAAUAAUCCAACCACCUUCUCCACUCCCUAGGUGGGGUUUGGUACAAACGGGGCAAGGCACUUUUGAGCAAUAUCUUGCAAAGCUCUUUGUUUACCAGGGAAUGUUUCUUGAUCCUGACAUCCCAAGAGGCUGGAAAAUCAGGCUGGGACCCCAGGGUGCUGCUGGAGCACCCACCAGCUCGGGGAAGGAGCUUUUCUCUCUGGAGGACUCACACACAGCCCUGGGCUGCUUCCCCAGCGCAUCGGGUGACACGGAGCACCCUGCAUCAGCGGGGCUUUCACCCAGCGCACGCCUUAGAAACACACUGCAAUGUCAUCAUUUCAUUUUAAUGGGCGGCCUUAGGCAUUAAGACAUCACAUCACUCACCUCCGCCCACUGCUGUUCUUUCACGGGCUGUUUGGCUUAGAGAUCUGUGGCAAGCAGAGGAGCUAUAAGACAGCACGAGUGGGGUCAGAAGCAGCAGCAGGUUGGGAACAGCCACAGUGAAGCUUUGCCGGGCUGUAGGAAACAGAAAACCACUGAAUUUGUCCCGGGCAGUCGCUUUGUUGUGGUUGAGUGCUUGUUGUUCACAAAGGGCAUGGAGGAAAGUGGAAAUGAGGGAAGACCCUUCUCUAUCCUGUUCAGAGGCUGCAGUUUCUUGAUAGUGUAUGAAGUCGGAGUGGUCGCUGCUUUGCAGGAAUUGGCACCCGACAUACUGAAAUCUGCAUCCAGGAUCUACGGGGCAUCGUCAGGAGCGGUUGUAGCUACACUGGUGUUGUGUGAGUGUGAUAUAGAGGAGAUGAAGCUCUCCUUCCUCAGUGCGAUGAAAACCUCUUUGCCGAGAUGUUUUCCUGGAGGCAAAAUACUGAAAACGCUCAAGGAUUUCCUGCAGCAGCACCUGCCUCCGCACGCCCACGAGCUGGUGUCGGGGCGGCUGCACGUGGUCCUGACGCGCGUGCGCGACUGGAGCAGCGUGGUGGUGUCGCGGUUUUCCUCGCGGGACGAUCUCAUCCAGGCCGUGAUGUGCAGCUGCUUCAUCCCUCUGUACUUUGGGUUUUUACCUCCUAUGUUCCAUGGGGUGCAUUACGCCGAUGGGGAACUCAGCAUGUGGCAGAACAACCUCGUGUCCCGGACCACGAUCACCAUUUCUGCUUUUGCUGGGGAGUACAACAUCUGUCCCAAAGAGAGCCCGGCUGCCUUUUUCACUAUCCAGCUCUUUAAUUAUAUUUUACAGAUAUCAAAAAGGAACAUCUCCCGCCUCCAGUGUAUUUUUCAGCUUCCCACAUGUCAAGAUCUGGAGCAGUUUUAUACCCAUGGCUACCAGGACGCAGUCUCCUUCUUAAAAAGACUGAGUGAAUUUGGUAUAAAUUACCUUGAUGAGGGCUUUAUGCCUUCAUUGGCUAAUGACUCGUGUCGGAAAGGUGAAGGGACCCUGCACAGGAAACCAGAAGCAGGAAUACUUCACUGCAGAGCCCCCAGCCCUGAGGAUGUCACCAAAGAGAAUGCAGGGACCAUCCAGGCAGCAGGUGAAGUGGAAGAGGAAGCCCCACGCCGCCUUCUCCACCAGCAGAAAGCUGCAAGUUCAGAGGGGUCCGGAUGUGCACCUACCUCCACUGGCAGGAGAAGCAGGCAUCCAAGCGUCUGUGAGGCUCAGGAAUAGGUAAUUAGUAAAAUUACUUCAGGAACCUGGAGAAAAUGAGUUCCUGCCCUGUGUGAUGCUCGCUGAGGCUUUUCCCUCUGUUUUCUGUUCGAUGCAUCUCUCUGAAAGUUUUUGAGCGGGAGGCAAACACUUAAAAUGUGACAUUUCCCAGCAAAUAUCUGCCCUGCGAUCUGCAUUAAAGCAGGGGGAGAUGAGCAAGUGGAGCAGCUGGUCUGUGUGUGCGCGCAGGUGAAGAUGCCCGGUGGCCCCAGCACGGGCUGCGGGUCGGUCGCAGAUGCAGCACCGCGGUGCUUUUCCUCGGCUGUCGUGUUAAAGCAGCUCAGGCCUGGGCAGGGAAACUGCAGCAGCAAUGCAAAUAAAAUCAGCUGGUUUCCCCAAGUGGCAAACAAACAAACAAACAAACAAUUUCCUAAAGGAACAGCAGCUGUGGGGCUGUGUGACGUGAGCUCCGGAAUCGCGUGGUGUCCAAGACCCCCAGGGCCCAUCCAGGACGGUUACCUAAGGGAACAAGCUGGCAAUUAGUUGAGUCGGAGUUGACGAACCAACAGGGGUCAAUUAACCCCAGGGACAUUGCUGCUGAAAGGCUUUUCCAUGGCUGAGGGAUUGUGUCGCUGCCUGCAGUGUGAAAUCAUUCUGUGCCAGCCCCUCCACCAGCUGCACGUGAAGUGACUUGCAAGCAGGUUUUGGGGAGGUUUGGCUUAAAUGCUGUCUAUGUGACAAGUUAAAUGCCUUGAAUCCUUGAGAGUUUAGUAUCGAAACACCUCUCAAGGCCUGGGUGAAAGUGCCUGAUGUCCUGCUAGGACAGAGCCCAGCAGAUAAAUGCUCUGGAACAAGAAUAUGUUGUUGUUAUGAAGCAGCACUAUGCUGGUUCAUAGCGCAGUUGAGAUGUUGCUAAAUAAAUAAUAUUAUGGAGGAAAAAAAUAUAGCUACUUUCAAUGUGUAGUACCCCAGAUCUGGAAUUUUUAGGCAAGCUCAGCAUCAGUGACCCAUGAGCGAUGUCCCCAGGGGGUGUCCCUGCCCUCCCUCUGCUGAGGGUUUGCAGCCCCCAAGCCACUCACCUCCUGGCCACGGCUCUUUUGGGCAACCCAGGCACCACGGUUUGGAGAAACUUCUGGAGCCGUUUUACCGUGGAGCUGAUACCUUCCAGCAGCCCCCGCAGCUUCUUCAGCCUGCAAAACCAAAAUAAACAGGCAGAUUUUAACGACUGGUAAAUGCAGCAGAAAAGGGAAGGUGUUAAUGGUAAACGCAUGCUGUAAUAAUACUGUUUUUUGUAACGAGGUGUAGAAGAGUUAUAGAAUGGUUUGAGCUGGAGGGACCUUCCCAGCUCCCCAGUGCCCCCCCUGCCAUGAGCAGGGACAUCUUCACCAGCUCAGGUUGCUCAGAGCCCCGUCCAGCCUGGCCUGGGAUGUCUCAGGGAUGGUUCAUCUACCACCCCCAGCAGUCCUGGGGUGUUCCUGCUGGUGAUACCCACUCUCCCCAAGAGCUUGCAUAUACCAAAUCCCCCUGCAGAGGACGGGAAUGCCACUAAUCCUAUUUAUGCAGCAGAUGUGCCUCAGUUUGCCCCGUUCCGUACACAAGCAGGGACUCACUGCCAGCCCACGCUGUCCCAGAGACAACCCCACGAGCUUCCCACGGAGCCACCACUGGGCUCGCAGGGAUGCCUGCCACACGCUAACCCUGCACCGUGUCCCCGAAGGCACAACCGCUGGUUUCUGCAUCGCUCUCAGCUCCGAUGCCUCUACCGAGCUGUUCUUACCCCUUCCUGACGGGAGCCGGCAGCCUGUGUGACUGCAGCAGGACCUUUGAGAGCGGAUCCUGCAGUCCAGCCACCUGCUGCUUCCUCCACACAGCCAAGCCUGUGCCCACGAACAACAACACAGAAGUAAAUAAAUAACCCAAUAAACGCAAUAAUUCCUCUUGUCCAGCAACACUUGCUGCAGCUCAGCCCAUCGGUACUGAAGCCCAGGCCAGAAUCCAGCUUGAGCUGCUCUUACAAAGUGUCUUUGCAAACAGCUAAUGAAAUAUUAGAAAUAUUUACUGUAAUAAAUAACUCGAUAAUGUCUUAAAUAUAAUGCUGCACCUCUCAAAGGCUGCAGCAGCCCCAGCCACCCCUAAAACUGCCGAUCCGUACCCCGAAUGCUCUACCUGCCAGGACACAGGUGCUCAGGCACUGCGGGACCAUCUUGCAGAGGCUGGUGACCGUCCUGUUGGACUGUGCAAAGUCGUUCCUGCCGCACAUGCUGGCGAAGCGGAAAUUGCCGUCGCAGUAGUUGAAGCCAAAGGCGUCUGUGAGAUGCAGAAGGGGCUGAUGUUUGCCUGUGUGUCACAGUUUGGGGCUGCUCGUCGGGUUUUGGGGUGACACUUACUGUUCCUGUACAGGAAAAGGGCUGUGUCCUGGUACCCCUGGGAGAAAAAGUCAUUCAGGACCUGCAGGAGAAACACUUGAGGUGACUGAUGUUGGGGAAUAGGCUGCCUAAGCUUGUUGAAUUAUUUGGUAUACUGCUUCUUAUAGAGCUUGGUUAGAGACUGUCCCCUCCCCUUGAAAUCUGAUUAAUUAACAAUGGAGAGUGAGCUGAACCUUAAAGCUUGGGAAGGCAGGUCCAGAAUUGAUUUGUUUUAACCAAAACGAAGCUGGGAAGAAGACCUGGUGGACAUACCAUAGUGCUCGGUGGGAAGAGAGCGUAGCUGAUCCGCAGGAGGUUUUCCAUCGAGAUCUGGAUGCUGCCGUUGAAGAUCUGGAAGCAGAAGAAGGUGGCGGGACAGUCCCGCGGGCAGAUAUCGAGCUCUCCUGUGAACGGGGACACGGUGAUCACGGCUUCCUCCAGGCUGGAGACGGGCUGCAGGCCGGUGAAUCCUCCGUCCACGUAUCGCUGGGGAAGAGCAGAGGAGGGUUUGCGUCAGGCUGGAUGGGGCUCCAAGCAACCUGAGCUGGUGAAGAUGUCCCUGCUCAUGGCACAGGUGGCACUGGGGGAGCUGGGAAGGUCCUCUAACCCAAAUCACCCCAUGGCAUCUGCACUGGAGACAGAUCCUGCCCAGGAUAACUGGGUUGUGUGCCCAAGUCCCAAGUGUGGGUGUCCUGUCAUCUCGCUUUGGAGAUCUCCAAGGCAAGAUCUAGUCAUCCAGGCUCUGUCUGUAGGCAAAGAAAGAGAGGGUUCUCCAGAUGGCAAUUCCACCCAGCUAUAAUCUUUGGAUGGGAUGAAGAACAAGCUAAGAGGCUUUAUCAUCCUCCCUUAACUAAAGAAGAAGCCUAGACAUAUAUAUCCCUCUCUGCUCAAGGGAAUGUGAUGCUUAAACCCAAGAUCAUACUGCUGGGAGCAUGUGUUUUAUUGGAAAUAUCACUCACCACACCUCGGUAGGACGGGGGGAUGAAUCCACAGUAGACAGGAAGAAAGCAGCUGCAGAGGAGAGCCUGGGAGAAGAAAGGGUUGUAAAUGUAAAUGCUCCUGUCAAAGUUCUCCUGUCGGCUGGUUGUCUGUGAAUUCAGGCUUGACAAACGUUCUGGAGCCAGGUGGUACCACCUGGACUUUGCACUUGACUGUGUCAACAAGAAAUGUUUCAAAAAGUGGAAAACAUCUCAUUGCAAUAAAGUCAAAACCCUUCUCUUGAUAA